UUGUUCAACCUUAAAGCAGACUUCACCUCCAGGAUCCUCCGUGGAGGCGGAUCUCUCUGACUGCGGACCACAACCAGCGUCUGUCUCGUGUUGGACUCCGUGUCGCAGCGCGUCGCUCCUUCGAAGAUUCACGUUAUUCCGUUUUUUCUGUAGAAAUCUGUGACUAAAAAUCCACGAAGCGGAGCUGAAUUUGUCUCCGAAUCGACCUCAUCUCCAGACGGACCUGCAGGAGGGAGAUUUUAAAUCACAACUUUGAGCUCAACCUGUGAAGAAAGAGCGACGGAUCCGACAGAUUGCUGCUGCUACUUUCCUGCAUUUUCUCCACCAGCUGCUGCAUUUUGUCCUCCCGUCGUGAUGAGCGCUUGCGGCAGAAAGGCCUUGACUUUGCUCAGCAGCGUGUUUGCAAUCAGCGGCUUGGGACUGCUGGGGGUCGCGGUGAGCACCGACUACUGGCUGUACCUGGAGGAGGGCGUCAUCAUGCCUCUGAACCAGAGCACCGACAUCAAGACCUCGCUGCACUCAGGCCUCUGGAGGGUCUGCUUCCUGGCUGGUGAGGAGUCGGGCCGCUGCUUCACCAUCGAGUACAUCAUGCCCAUGAACGUCCAGCUGACGUCAGAGUCCACCGUGAACGUGCUCAAGAUGAUCCGCUCAGCCACUCCCUUCCCUCUGGUCAGCCUCUUCUUCAUGUUCAUCGGUUUUGUCCUCAACAACAUCGGACACGUUCGUCCUCAUCGCAGCAUCCUGGCGUUCGUCUCCGGAAUCUUCUUCAUCCUCUCAGGUCUGGCUCUGGUGGUGGGUCUGGUGCUGUACAUCUCCAGCAUAAACGAUGAAAUGCUGAACAGGACGAAGAGCAGCGAGGCCUAUUUUUCCUACAAGUAUGGCUGGUCGUUCGCCUUCGCUGCCCUCUCCUUCCUGCUCACCGAGAGUGCCGGCGUCAUGUCCGUCUACCUGUUCAUGAAGCGCUACACGGCGGAGGAGAUCUACCAGCCUCGACACCCCAACUUCUACCGGCCUCGCCUCAGCAACUGCUCCGACCACUCGGGUCAGUUCCUCCACCCGGAGGCCUGGUCGCGUGGACGGAGCCCCUCGGACAUCUCCAGUGAAGCGUCCCUCCAGAUGAGCGCCAGCUACCCGGCUCUCCUCAAAUGUCCCGACUACGACCAGGUGUCGUCCUCGCCCUGCUGAAGGUCGCUGGAGGUCACUGAAGGACCACAUCAGGUCUACAGGAACAGAUGAGGUUUCCUUAAAGAAAGAGUUAAAUAUUUAACUGUGAGUUUGUACCAUUUUGGCUCAAAAACUUGGAAACAUGUCAUUUUGAGACGGUUCUAGUCGUUCAUCAGGUCAGAGAAGCUUUUUGGGGAUUUGUUGUCAUAACAGAAACCAGUUUUCUUUCGAGUUGGAGGCAAAACCUGCAGGUUUUAGGAAAAAAACACAACAACACAUGGUUAAAAUGUGAAUGUUUGUCUGUAUUUUAGUUAAAUUGUGUCUGUGUGUUUUACACGUGUUGAUGUUUUAGGAUCUUCUUGCGUUGGCAUUAAUGCAUCUCUGCAAUAAUCUAAGAUUGCACAAAAUAUUAAGAGUCUGUUGACCAAUAAGCAAUUCAUGUACACUACUGUUCAAAAGUUUGGGGUCACUUACAAAGGUCCUUAUUUUCAAAAGAAAAGAUUGUUAAUGUCUGCUGAGGAAUGCAGAAUUUUUUGUGUUUGACAGAUUCUGAUUAAGAUAAAUGGUUUAUCUUUGACCAGUUUUGAAAUGACACAUGUAGAAGUGACUUUGAGCAAAUAUCAUGAUUUUAAGCUGAGAUUUGAUUCAGUUUUUCCGCUGAAGAGCCAGUCACAGGAUGAAUAGUUCAAGGGCUGUCAGAAAUGUGAAAAUCCAACAAUUCUUUCUGUUUUGACAGUUUUUGGCUCUGAUAAAUUGUGUAAUUUUGCAGAUUUCAUUUAUUUAUUUUUUUAACAUAAGACACCUGUCAAACCUGCUAGCAGGUUUUGGAGUUCAGAGGGUUAAGGAUGAUAUUGUUACAAGCAUUUAAAUAAUGGGCAUGUACACUACCGUUCAAAAGUUUGGAGUCACAUAGAAAUGUCCUUAUUUUUGAAAGAAAAGCAGUUUUUUUCAAUGAAGAUAACAUUAAAUUAAUCAUAAAUCCAGUGUAGACAUUGUUAAUGUGGUAAAUGACUAUUGUAGCUGGAAACAGCUGAUUUUUAAUGGAAUAUCUCCAUAGAGGUACAGAGGAACAUUUCCAGCAACCAUCACUCCUGUGUUCUAAUGCUACAUUGUGUUAGUUAAUGGUGUUGAAAGGAUCAUUGAUGAUUAGAAAACCCUUGUGCAGUUAUGUUAGCACAUGGAUAAAAGUGGGAGUUUUCAUGGAAAACAUGAAAUUGUCUGGAUGACCCCAAACUUUUGAACGUUAGUAUAUUUUUCUCCAGAGAGCGUCUUUUUAAAGUUGGGUUCACUUGUCAUGACAAAUAGCAAUACAGUACGAAAAAAAAUAAAGUAGAAUAUAAAGUUUAGUCCAGACUUUUAGAUUUUUUUCAUCACUUCUAAAAGUUUCAUUGAACUCUGCUGCUUACAGUUUUGCUGUCAACAAACACAUUGGCUCUGAAAUUCUUAAAAAAACGUCUUCAUUUAACAAACCCACUAAAAACCAAUAAAAACACCACAAAGACAUGUUCACGUUUAGGGACAGUUCACUGAAAAAUGACUGUUUCUUCACAUUCAGCUGGACUUCAGUGAUUUUUCAACUAAAACAGUUUUCAGAUUAGAACAGAAACAGUCCAGAGCUCCUGUCAGCAAACAUCCACCUGUUCAAUUAUUACUAUUCUUUAGUUUGCACCACGUCGACUCACUGCAGAUAUUUGUUUAAUAUUGCUUUUUUCUAUAUUGUGUACGCAUGUUGGACAAUAUUUGAAUUUAUUGUCAGACAGUCAAUGCUACAUUUUAGGUGCUGUGAUUCUUAGUGUUGUUCAUUGUAAAUAUUUGAAGGUCAGUUCAUCUGUUAAUUUAUUCAUUCCGCUUUAAUUCCACAUUCUGGGCUGCAGUGUUCAUGAGUCAUUCCAGAAUUGAAGGACAUUUGGGCUUCAAAAUGUUUGAAAAAUAAACCUUUUCUUUUACAGUUUUCUGCUCCAUAUUCAUCAAUAAUAGGUAUUGAUUGGCUCAGCUUCCACAUCAAUGGUAGCAUUUUUAUUCCAUGUUUUCUGUGUUGUUUGCUAACCCUACUCUAAUCACAGUAACAGGGUUGCUAAUCCAUGCUAAUGUGAUCUUUUUCUCAGCAGUAGAAGCUAGAUAUUUAGCUGCUGUUACUGCUGACCAAGAGGACAAACUGACUGAUGGAAAACAGUCCAAAGAAUUAGUCUGAUCCUGAUAAUAUGAGGUAGAGUGAGACAUUCAAUCAAGGCUGACAAUGGGAUGAAAAGAUGGAAAAUAGAAGAGAGGACAUAGCUUUGCUCUUCUCGUUCUUUAGGAAAACUGUUGGAUGAUGUUGAUGACGAAAACAACAUACAAAACGACAGAAACAAGACAGAAAAUGACAAAAACGAGACACAAAAUGACAAAAACAAAACACAAAACAACAGACGAGAUACAAAACGACAAAAACAAGACACGAGAUGACAAACGAGACAGAAAAUAACAAAACAAGACACAAAACAACAAAAACGAGACAAACGACAAAAACAAUACAGAAAACGUCCAAAACGAGACACAAGGCGACAAAAACAUGACACACAACAAGAACAUGACACAUAGCAACAGAAAUGAGGCACAAAACAACAGAAACAGGACAGAAAACAUCAAAAACGAGACACAAAUUGAUAAAAAAAUGGGACACAAACUGAUUAAAACGAGCCACAAAACGACAAAAGCGAGACAUAAAAUGACAAAAACAUCAUCAUCAGGGUUGUUGUGGGACACACGUUCCAUAAUUAUUAUUUUAAAUACUAUGUUGAUUUAAAAAUAUGUUUUGACAAUUACAAGAGACAUCAAUGAGAAAAAUAAUACUUAAUAAAAGGAGAUUUAAAUGUCAUUUUAACUGUUUUAUUUGAGAUUCAGUUUGGUCAUCAGAGGGGUGGGACAAGAGAAAAAUGGCAUUUUAGGGGGAACUCCAGACUUAUUUGGUAUUUUAAAAAAUAUUUUCAAACUUUCUUUUCUUCUAGUUUUUUUUUAUAUUUCAAAGCUGUAUAUGACCUUUUCAUUUUGGACUGUUAACAUUCAAAUUAUGAUGGACUUGUUUCCUUGUUUAUGUGAAUUACAUCAUUAGCUGCAACAUCUGCCUGUUCUGUAAAACUGGUAGCUCAACGACAGCAUCCUGAGGGCAAUUAAUUGACAAAUAUUAUGCAAGAACAGCACUAUUACAACCCUGUCAGUUUCCACUUCUUAGAAUGUUUACUGCCAAUUAUCACACAUAAAACAAGAAAUAAUAUUCUGUACUAAUACUUCUGUGCUACCCAAUACACAGUGAAUAAAUAUUAUCUGAAAGUCGGGUUAUUGUUGUUUAUCAGCACAAUACAAAAAGAUUAAUGUCAGAAAUAUUCCAGUUAAGACUCCAGAAUAUCAAGAUUUACGUAAAUUUACCUCAAUAAUAUGAAUGUUCAGGUUAAGAUUGUGCAGUUAUAUUAUGUAAGUUUAGCUGAUUAAAGUUUAUGACUCUGCACUACAAUAUUAUUUAUUAUUUAAGUUUACAUCAUUAUAAUAUUUAGGGUCAGACUCUACAGUAUUGAGAUUAAGAAAUCAAAUAUUCUGUAAAAUGUAAAUACACUGAACUCAUUUGGAUAUAUUUAAGUGAAACUCUACAAUAUUAUUUGACACAAAUCUAUCUAAAUCAAAAUUUUAGUAAUUUUCAUGCCAAACAUUUACUGGACUGAUUUAAAUAUUAAAAUCACUCCUUUCUAAUCCUCUGCUGUACGUUCAAACCUGAGGCCUGAAAUAGAAACACACAAGUAUCUGAUUGAAGGAACUUCUGCAGAGUCCUGGUUCCAGAACAUGAUGAUAGAAUUAUAGACAAACUUUAACAAAAGCUGCCUGAGAGUUUACAGGUUUUUAUGUUGGAUUUCUUCAGUAAUUUAAUGAGUUAUCAGCAAUAAUCAAGUGUUCAUUUGAUGAACUUCAUUUCCUAAAACAUCCCGAAUUGGAGCUCGUAUCUUUGGCAGCUGUAAAGUUUCUGCUCCUUCAAAGUUCACAACACAAUGAAUGAAUUCCUUUUAGCUGCCAUAAUUGUUAUUAUUGUUAAGAAAUGCAUUUGAUAUGAUUUGUAUAUUUUAUUUUGUCAAGUAAUUAUUUUUAUUUUGUUAACUGCUCAAGGGAAGCACUUUCUGUUUCAUGUUGCAAGGGGGACACUUUUACCUGUGACACAUAUGAUUUGGUUUUUCGAUGUAUUAUAAACUUGUUCAAGACGCACAUCCAGCCGUAAGAAAGGCAUAGCGUCAUACAAGGACUGAAAGGUGACGUUUGCAACGGUAAACUCUUUUUGUUUGAAGGAACAUUCUUCUUUUUGAUCAUUUUUGUGUUUGUGACGAAGCGGACUCAUUCCCUCUUUGCGUAAAUGCGGCUAGCGAGGUGUGUGUCAAAUGUUUACCUUGUUUACUUACGUUAAGUUUAGUCUCACCGCUAAUAUGCAUUUAUGUAUGUUUUGUAUAAAUUUGUGUAUGUUUGACAGUUCGACGGUGGGUUUGUAUGGAGUUAACUGAAGUCAAUAAACCCGUCAGUGCUACAAGAACCAUGGUCUAAUUCCUGGAGGGAGUGAUAUCCUAAAACACUCUCAGUGCUGGAGAGCGUUUGUGAUGCUGAAGCAGUGACCAGUUUUUCUGUUUCUUCUCUGGAGAUGCACAAUGAGGGACGUCUGCAGCGACUGAGAAAGAGUCUCACCACAUCCUGACAUGAGGAAAAAGACUUUAUUGAAGACUACAAUGAGAAAAACUAUCAGAAGGUGAGCUCUGAACAUUUGAUCUGGAACAGGAAUUCAAUAACUGCAGCAUGAGCUUCAUUUCAGUCUGUAGCUGCUGAAUUCAUGGAUGGAUCAUCUGGUACUAGAGAAGAAGACCAUCAAACAUCCACGUCAGCUGAUGGAGGUCCAAGAGUCUCAUCCAACAACCAACCUACAGUGAAGACCUCGAAUCUGAUUGGACGGCCUCCUAUUCAGCCACGUGUGAACAAAUGUCUCUAAGCUGAUUUGUUUUCUAAAAUAAAUCUAGUUUGUGUUCUAA